UUUGACCCGGAUUUCAUCCUAGCAGAAGUUUUAGUUCGUGUGUUUUUCUAGACAAGCUGCAAAUCUACCCCAAAUUUUGCAGCCAUGUUAACGUUUUACUACGACAUAAUGUCGCAGCCCUCGCGGGCCAUCUUCCAGUUUCUCAAGGCGAACAACAUAGUUUACAAAGACCACCCGGUAGCGAUCAGGAAAGGAGAACACAAAUCUGAGUGGUUCCUGAAGAUCAACCCCAUGGGGAAACUUCCCGCCAUCAACGACAAUGGCUUUAUUCUCACAGAAAGUGUUGCUAUCUUGAAGUACCUUGCGGUGAGAUACGUGGUCCCUGACCAUUGGUACCCCUCGGACCUCCGGCUGAGGGCUCGUGUGGAUGAGUACAUGGCCUGGCAACACAUGAACACACGAUUUAAUGCAGCAGGGCUGUUCUGGAAAGAGUUUAUGGUGCCCCAGAUGACAGGCCAGCCACUGGACAAAGCUACCCUGGACAAGGCUGAGUCUGAGCUGAACGCCACUCUGGACAUGCUGCAGAAGAUGUUCCUGAAGGACCAGCCGUUUCUCUGUGGGGACAACAUCACUAUCGCUGACCUACUGGCCAUCAACGAACUGAUGCAGUGCCUGGCUUCAGGCCGUGACGUCACCAAAGGCAGACCCAAGCUCCGGGCCUGGAUGGACCGUGUCAGAGAGAAACUGCAGCCACAUUUUGACAAAAGUGUCGCGAUGCUCUACAAACUGAGGGACAUGUCCAACAGUAGGCAGCAGGCUAGGCUCUAGAGAGAUGUUCACACUGUGAAAUGAUUUAAGUGAUUUAAGUCAUCUGCAGAAGCUAAACUGUAUGUUGCAGGGUUAUUCCCCUAGUGUUAGACACUGUUUUUCUAUCAGCUAGUCAAAUCAAUGGAUCUGUCAUUAGCAACUAGAUUCUAUCAAAUAACCUGGGAAUGACAGGUAUGACAUGGAAAAUAUACAUGUGUUGUCUGGAAAGAGAUUGAGAAUAAACUAGUUAAGGUAAAACUCCUUGAAAAAAACAAGCCUGAACAGACGAUUCUUAUUCUACAUUGUAUGUCACUUGUGAUCGGUCAAUACUAUCAUUCCUUAAUAGCUACAUGUGUUUUAUAACAACACAUGUAUGCAACAAGUAUUGUUCGUUUUGAAUGUGAGGGUCAAGCAUUUUCUCAUAUUCGUUUUUGAUUAUGAAAUUCUGAGGGAUAUACAGUGUAUAACACAAAUUCUCUACAUUGUACAUUCAUUUAACAAAUGUGUGAAAUCCAAAAUGUACAACAUAUCAAUAUAUUGUCUAGUCCUCAGCUAUUGUAUUCAGAAUGUAACUUACUGGCUGAAAACACCAUGUAAAAGAAAAGUCGAAAUAUAUAUGAAUUGUAUAAUAAAUUUGUUGCAGAUAGUUGAUGGCAUGUAUCUGUUUAAAGUCUAGAAGAUUCUGUGACUGCAAAGCUGUAUGAUAUCAUCCACCUAAAUAAUUUCACAUAGCUAAAAUGUAAACAUUGCCUGGCAUAGGAAAUGCGACUGAUUGCUCAGUUGUGCAACUGAUACUGUGACAUUUGUCAUCUUAAUGAUCCUUUAAAACUUCUCUUAGGAUAGUUCUUCCUAAAAGGAAGCUGAAUGUACAUAAUGCAUUUGAAGUGAGAUGAAUUAAACCAUGACAAC